AUCUUGUACUGGUCCACAGACAUAACGUACGGUCGUUGGUGUGUUUUCCUAGUUAGGGAUUUAUAUUGCUGUUGUCGAACAAUGGUGCUGCACGCCACUCAAAUUGGAGCGAUAGUUUAUCCUUAUAUGGGUUAUACGGUCGAUCUGGAAUAUGUAUAUUGA